AUGGCUCCCUCGGAUACUGUCAGUAAGCAUGCGUUUGACAACUCUGGAAAUGGUCCUAUACGAGUUCCGGGUUUCAACAAUGUCAUGUUCGACGAAGAAUGUCAGCCCGGCGAAACCGCAUACUCCAACCCGGGGCAAAGCGGUCCCUUCAGCCAUGGCAUCAACGGCUGGUGUGCCCACAUCCUGACAGUCCGCGAACGAGCCAUGAUGCGUCUCAUGGACGCUAUCACGGACAAGCUGAAUUGGCAAGUCAAGAUCUUUGACGACGACAUCACCAGCAAGUGGUUCGCCGAGGCCAGCGCCAUCGACGAGCUCAUCAGCCAAAAGGCCUGGGACUGGUGUGUUGAAGAGCUCCGCGACAAGGCAGCCGCGUUUGAGGCCACUGGUGCGGUUCUGGUCUACGACACGGCCAGCCGAUGCGUCAAGGGCGACGACGUCAUCAGCCCCGAACUCACGGACGAGUUGAAAGCCGGGGUUGCGCCGCUGUUGAACGUCCCCGAGAAGCAAAAGGACUACCACCCUGGCUCAAACGACCAGGCCCGAUCGGUCAACGACGCGGCAUUUCCCGAGCUCUGGGAACGCGUGAAGGCCUACCUCUCGCAGCCAGACCGUGCGGACUUUGAGAGGGAUCCCGACGAGAUUGACGAAGAUGACUCGGACGAGGAAGUCAACUGGCCGGCAAAUCCAGAAACGGUGCCAGGCACUCUUCUCCUGGCGCGGCUGAAGGCGAUCGUCGAGGAUGACAGUCAUGCGAAUCGCAACGGAUACGAGUUCAAGUCAAUUAUCUCAGAGGCCCUCACGGCUAAGUGGAAACGCAUUCGCCACUUCCCUCACCCCGAGCCUGGCACGAGCACCACGUAUGAGCAGUGGAAGGAGGGCUCCAAAAAGCCAAUCAUCAACUCGAGCAACAUUGAGGUGACGACCACCGAUACGGAGGAGAACGAAUUCGCCAAGCAGAAACCUUACGAUGUCGCCAUUGAGAAGGAGUUCAGAGACAGAGGGCUGCAGGUCAUUGUCAAACUGUCUUCUAUCGAGCUUACCCCUGAAAAGCCCGACUACGCUGGCGGCAGCUGGCACGUCGAGGGCAUGAAGAAUGAGCACAUUGUAGCGACGGCCAUCUACUACUACGACGUCGAGAACGUUACCGAGUCGCGACUGUCGUUCCGCCAAGAGGUUGAGAGCGAAGAUAGCGCUAUGGACUUCUCCUAUGAGCAAGGCGAAUUUGAGGGCCUCGAGAAAAUCUUCGGCGUAGAAAACUUUGACUCGUCGGCGGCGAUCCAAGAGCUUGGCAGCGUCUCGACACGCCAGGGCCGCAUGCUCGUGUUCCCCAACACCCUGCAGCAUGCUGUUGGCUCUUUCGGGUUGGUGGACCGCACCAAGCCGGGGCAUCGCAGGUUCAUCGUGCUAUGGCUCGUGGAUCCCAACAACCGCAUCUGCUCGACAAGGAAUGUGCCGCCCCAGCAGCACGACUGGUGGGCCGAGAAGAGGCUUGCCGAGUACAACUUUAGGGGCCUCCCCCAGGAGAUUGUCAAUAUGGUUGGUGAGGAAGUUUCAGACUACCCGAUGAGUCUCAAGAGGGCAAAGGAGCUCCGUUUGGAUCUGAUGAAAGAAAGGACACGCAUGGUGGAAGCGGUUGAGAACCAAUUCGGUUCUUUCAAUCUCUGCGAGCAUUGA